AUGAUUCGUACUAACAGCAUUUUGUUGAAUUCACCAACGCAGUCUCCAAGACUCUCUCCAACAACUUAUUCCACCUCUUCACUCGCUAGCUGCUCUUCCUCAGACUUGCAUCUACAAAUGCAACGUCGUAUCCGAUUCGCACCUCUACCGGACCAAGUCCCAAGUACAACGCCAGCACCACCUAUCACUAGCCUUGAAUCAAAACCAAAACCAAAACCUUCAACUUCCUUCUUCCGUAACAUAUUCAAACGUUCCACACCAACAGAAGACGCAUCUUCGUGUUUCCUUCGUCGCUCCCGCUCUCCACAACCUCACGAGUUCGGUUGCCCUCUAACACGAACCACUUCAACCCCAACUCGUCAGACAAAACGUCCAUCGUCAGACUCCAAACCACGUUCUUCAGUAAACUCACUCGGUUCAGGCGGCGGUCGUCAUACAAUGCCCCCAAGUCAUUUCACUCCCCCAUCUCUACCCACAAAAUCAACCAGGCGCAUGCUCAACGGUCGCGUAUACGGUUCAAAACGUCAUCUUCCAACAAACCCCUUUGCAAACGUACGCGACGAGCCAGAAUUCGUAGAGUGGGGUUAUGGCGGCAUGGGAAGCGUAACUGGUUGUAGCGACUCCAAAUAUUCCGUUCUUGCAAAAGGCACACCCGCUUUACUUUCCCAUCCUCAAGCCAAAACACCAGUCGAAAGGAACGAUGGUGUCGGUGUACCAGCCCCAGAUGAUGAGGAUGACGGCAGUGGCAUGGGUUGGGUAAAGAAAAGGAGACAAGAAAGGGAGCGCCUUGCCAAAGAAAGACACGCCACAGAGCUCGCAUCCACCCUUGACACAGAUUCAAGGCGAACAAGCACCGACCGAUCUUCCACCAUGGACAGUACAAGCACUCGUCUAUCCACUCUUGCUGCUUCUUCAGCUCCUACAACUCCUCUUAGCACCACAGAUACUCUUCCACCCCAAGAUUACUUGCAGGCUGUCGGAUCGAGUCCUCACCGCAAAUUCGAUCCUGCCAUCAAUAGCACAGCCAGACAGAGUAGCAACAAUCAUCCCCGGACUUCCGACUUAGACGAGAGCGAGCUAGAGGAUCAUCGAAUACAUCCUUGA